AUGCCUGUUACAUUACAUCUAAGAGCUGAAACCAAGCCUAUGGAGGCUCGUGCUGCCCUAACUCCAACCACCGUGCAACAGCUUAUCGGUAAGGGUUUCAAAAUCUACGUCGAGGAAUCUCCACAAUCCACUUUCAACAUCAACGAAUACAAGAAAGCUGGUGCUAUUAUCGUUCCAAAGGGUGAUUGGAUUUCUGCUCCUCGUGACAGAAUCAUUAUCGGUUUGAAAGAAAUGCCAGAAGAGGACAAGUUUCCUUUGGUCCAUGAACAUAUCCAAUUUGCUCAUUGUUAUAAGAAUCAAGAUGGCUGGAAGGAUGUAUUGAAGAGAUUCAUCAAUGGUAAUGGUACAUUAUACGAUUUGGAAUUUUUAGAAAAUGAUGAAGGUAGAAGAGUCGCCGCCUUUGGGUUUUAUGCUGGUUUUGCUGGUGCCGCACUAGGUUUGAAGGAUUGGAGUUUUAAACAAACUCAUCCUGAUAAUGAAGAUUUACCUGGUGUUACACCAUUCCCAAAUGAACAAAGAUUGAUUAAAGACAUCAAGAAGGAUUACCAAAUUGCUUUGAAGACUGGUGCUAAGAAGCCAACUGUUUUAAUAAUCGGUGCUCUUGGGAGAUGUGGUUCCGGUGCCAUUGAAUUUCUACACAAGGCUGGUGUUCCAGAUAGUAAUAUUAUUAGAUGGGAUAUGAAAGAAACCGCUAAAGGUGGUCCAUUCCAAGAGAUCGCUAACGCUGAUAUUUUUAUCAAUUGUAUAUAUUUGUCCAAGCCAAUUCCACCUUUCAUUGACUAUAAAUUAUUAAACAACAAAAAUAGAAGACUAAGAACAGUUGUCGAUGUCUCUGCUGAUACUACUAACCCAUAUAACCCUAUCCCAAUUUACAACAUUGCUACUGUUUUCAAUAAACCAACGGUCAGAGUAAAUACUACCGCAGGUCCAAAAUUAUCUGUGAUCUCUAUUGACCAUUUGCCAUCUUUAUUGCCAAGAGAAGCAUCUGAAUUUUUUGCUAGGGAUCUAUUACCAUCUUUGGAACAAUUACCAGAAAGACAAACAGCACCAGUAUGGGUGAAGGCCGAGAAACUAUUUGAUAGAAACUGUGCUCGUGCUUACAGAUCAUCCAAAUUGUAA